AUGCAUUGCGCAGCAUAUGGUAUCUUGCUCGACCUGGUCAGUGAGAACCUGCAGUGGCAGGUGGUGGGAGCAUCGGCUGUCAGUGGGCGCAGGGAGGAAGGCGAGCGAGCGACGGUCGCAGGCGAGCGCGGGGAUCCGAGGGAAUGGCAGAAGAAACUGUCUGGCCUCAAGGUCGCCCAGCUACCAUGGGACCCUGCGCCAGUGCCGAUCAUCAAAGACCAACCGACUGUUCCUAGCAACGCUAAACCUAUUCCCCCGACUCUUCCCAGCAAUGGCAACACCGUCACAAGCACUCCUCCUCCUCAGCCACCCAUUCCUUCACCUGCGCCCAUCAAAACGGAGAACAAUGCUCCCUCAUAUCCCCCUCAGGCUCCGCCACCACAGCAGUAUCAGGUUCCCUCCUUCAAUGGCGAACCGAUGACUGCACGUGAUCGAGCUGCCAUGAACCUACACCAGAGCUUUGGACAGAGAGCAGGACCUCAGAUUGCACAACUUCAAUCCAAUCAGCCUCGGGCACCGUCACAGCUAUCAGCUCCCCCGACAGGGCCUUACAUCAAGCAGGAAGAUUCCGCGUCAACUUUCUCUGCCGUCCAAGACCAUCCUGCCGAUGUCAAGCCACAGAUCCCUACUCCGCUCCAGUCAAACCAAACCGACGGGGCAGAUGACGCUCGCGACACAUGGGCUACUGAGUAUGCUCGACGAAAAGCACUGGCUGCAGCGCAUGGUGCGGAAAAUGAUCGUUUGAUGCGAGCUUAUUUCGAGGCGAGGCAGCAAGAGCUCGAAGGCGGUGGUCUGCUCCUAAAUCUCGAUGAACGCAACAUUCCCAGCAAAUCUAUGUCUCGCAAAGUGAACGAUCUGGCUGGUAUGGGCCCUUCAACCACUCCAUCCAUCACACGUGUACAGGGGGAUGCGACCGGAGACGACGAUGACGACAUUGACGAUGAAGAUGCUAUCAACUCCGACCUCGACGACCCUGACGAGCUGGCUGCUAACGAAGAGGAUGGAGAGAACACCGAUCAAGUCAUGCUCUGCACCUACGACAAGGUCCAGCGUGUCAAGAACAAGUGGAAGUGCACGCUCAAAGACGGCAUCUUCCGCGUUGAUGGCACCGAGUAUGUCUUCCAUAAGGGUCAAGGGGAAUUUGAGUGGUAA